GGAAGGGGCCGGGGCCGGGCCCGCUCCUGGCGCAACUCCGGGCAACGCUCCAGUUGGCUCGCGGGGGCCUCUUCCGCGCGGCGGAUGUGAGGCGGCGUGACGGCCGCUGGGAGACUGGGCCGCGCGGAGCAGUGUAGUUAAAAAUGUGCUGUGAAAUAAAGAGGAGGUUUUUGCUGCUUUAUGCAACACAGAAGGGACAGGCAAAAGCCAUAGCUGAGGAAAUAUGCACGCAGGCAGAUGCACAUGGAUUUGAAGCUGAUAUUCACUGUAUAAGUGAGUCUGACAAGUAUAAUCUGGCAACAGAAAAGGACCCUCUUGUUGUUGUUAUUUCCACUACUGGUACUGGAGACCCUCCAGACACAGCUUGCAAGUUUGUUAAGGAAAUUAAAAACAAGACCCUGCUACCUGAUCAUUUUGCACAUCUACGUUAUGGAUUGUUAGGUCUGGGAGAUUCUGAAUACAUGUUCUUCUGCAAUGGUGGGAAGGUAGUAGACAAACGACUCCAGGAACUUGGUGCACAGCAUUUCUAUGAGACUGGACUGGCGGAUGAUUGCGUAGGUUUGGAAAUAGUGGUUGAGCCAUGGAUUGAUGGGCUUUGGCUUGCCCUUAGAAGAGAGUUUACAUCAUGGAACAUAAAAGAAGACAUGAGCAACAAUCUCAGGGCUGUGUCUAAUGGUGUCUCUGCAAUGACUGUAGUCCCAAGCAUGUCAGGAAUAUGCAGCUUAGACUCAGAAAUACAGCAUUUGAAGCUAGAAGAUUUAGAAGUGAAGGCUACUGAUGCUUCAUCCCAAAAACCAGCUUAUGUUCAUUCUGUAGCAUCUGUUCAAGAUACUGAAGCUUCACUUGAUCGAUCAGUCCCUCCUCUUUCACAGUCUACUCUUAAUAUUCCUGCUCUGCCAUCAGAAUAUAUAGAUGUACAGUUUCAGGACGGCACUGGCCAGGAACUCAGUGUGUCCUCAUUGAUUUCAGAUGGUACAGUCUUCCAUGUUCCAGUGACCAAAGCAGUCCAGCUCACUAGGGAAGAUGCAGUAAAAACAGCUUUGCUGUUAGAGCUUGAUGUUUCAAAAACAACAUUUUCCUACCAACCUGGAGAUGCCUUCUGUGUCAUAUGCCCCAACAAUCCCAGGGAGGUGCAAGAACUUCUUCAUAUCUUGGGACUUUCAGAAAGGAAAGAGUGUGUUGUUUGCUUAAAGAUUAAACAAGCCACUAAAAAGAAAGGAGCAGAGUUCCCUCCAAGAUCUUUUGAUAUGAAGGACACAUUUCCAUGUGGACGUUCACCCAUCACAGAGGAAGUUCCUGCUUUUUAUGGUAAGCCAGGAACACUUCCAGAUUCAAAUCCUCCCCUUUGGGCUGGCUAUGGAGCCCAGAGUAUUUACAAAGGUUUUGUCUGUGGUAGCCAUUCAGAUGAAAUGCCAGGGCUAUAUGGUAUUCCCAUAUCUGGACGACUGCCUCCUGAAAGACCGAUCUCGUCAGGAGGUCAGGUGAUCAUAAACGAGAAUAGAAAAGAGUCUACUAGAACCACUAUCGGGCCAAGUGGAGAUGCUUUUCAGCCUGGGCACAAUUACAUCAAUUUUCCAGAUACUACAGCACCAAUCAGAAAUCAUGUUUCAUUGUGCACAUCUGUUAAUCCCAUGCAGUUUGUUUUUGGGGACAAAGCUAUAAUAGUCAGACCAGGAAACUAUGAUAACCAAUGGGUUUUUUUAUUAUUUGUUUCAGAACAUCUUCCUAAACUGCAAGCCAGGUCCUAUUCAGCUUCAAGCUCCAAUUUAUUUCAACCAGGAAAACUGCAGUUUGUUUUUAAUGUUGUGGAGUUUCCAUCCUCCCCAUCUCGACUGGUUUCACAAAAAGGAGUGUGUACAGGUUGGCUCGCUGAGUUAGUUACACCAAUGCUUCAGCCACAUAAAAACUCUCUACGCACAAAGGAAGAAAAAUUGUCAGCUGUAAAGGUCUCUAUUUUUGCUCGUCCAAUCAACACUUUCCACUUACCUUCAGAUCCAUCUAUCCCUUUUAUGAUGGUGGGUCCAGGUACUGGAGUUUCACCUUUUAUUGGCUUCCUGCAACAUAGACAGAAACUCCAAGAAGAGCAUACAGACUGGCAGUUUGGAGAGACAUGGCUGUUUUUUGGCUGCCGACAUCAGGACAGAGACUACUUAUUCAGAGAUGAGCUCAGAAGUUUUGUUGAAAAUGGCACAUUAACUCAUCUUAAGGUUUGUUUCUCAAGAGACCCUCCAGCUGCAGCAGAAAAAAAAACAACUAAAUAUGUGCAAGAUAACAUUCGACUUUGUGCUAAAGAGGUUGCCAGAGUCCUGCUGAAGGAGAGAGGUUGUUUCUAUGUAUGUGGAGAUGCGAAGCACAUGGCUAAAGAUGUGAAUGAUACUUUAGUGGACAUUUUAAGUUCUGAUGCUGGAGUUGACAAAUUGGAAGCAAUGAAAACUUUGGCUACAUUACGACAAGAAAAACGCUAUCUACAGGAUGUCUGGGCCUAAAUGUGUGACCUCUGUGCCUUUGCAAAACAAAGAGUGUUAAAUAAUUUUCACUAUAUAUACUGUAUGAAGACUCUGCUGAUUCUUUGGAUUACUGUUAUUUCAACUUCACUUAAGUAAAUUCUCUCUUAAAAGCAGCCAAUUGAUAAUUUAAAAAAAAUAUUACUAUUCUUUAGUCAUUUAAUUCUUGAUCAUUUCUACUGAUCUUUUGAAUGGCAUUUAAAGCCUUUACUACAACAACAACAACAAAAUGGAACCUAUGAGUCCUCAAUUUGUAGUAGUAUUACCAAGUAGAUUCUCAUGGAACUCCAUUCCUCCAAUUUAAUAAUGGUAUACUUUGAAAAUAAACUUCUCCAUUUAUAUAGUAUACAAUAUUAUAUAUAUUAUCGUAUACAGCAUACAAUGUUACUUACUUACACCUUAUCACUUACACCUUAUUGCCAAGAUUUAGUUGAACAUAUUACGUGUAAGUAUUUUGAGGGAAUUUUUCUUUGUUGCCUUAUAACAUAUGACAAGUUGCAAACAAGAAUAAAUAUUUAAAAUAUUGUCAAGGAAUUCUGGGCACAAAAACUCCCUCAUUAGGGGAGGGUGUGGAACAAAUUGAUAAACUAAACAGUAAUAAGUCACCACGACCAGAUGUUAGUCACCCAAGAGUUCUGAAGGAACUCAAACGUGAAAUUGCAGAACUACUAACUGUAGUCUGUAACCUAUCAUUUAAAUCAGCUUCUGUACCAAAUGAUUGGAGGAUAACUAAUGUGAUGCCAAUUUUUAAAAAGGGUCCAGAGGUGACCCUGGCAACUACAGGCCAGUAAACCUCAUUUUAGUACCAGGUUGAAACUAUCGUAAAGAACAAAAUUGUCAGAUACAUAGAUGAACAUAAUUUGUUGGGAAGUCAGCAUGGUUUUUGUAAAGGGAAAUCAUGCCUCACCAAUCUACUAUAAUUCUUUGAGGGGGUCAGCAAGCAUGUGGACAAUGGAGAUCCAGUGGAUAUAGUGUAUUUAGAUUUUCAAAAAGCCUUCGACGAGGUCCCUCCCCAAAGGUUCUUAAGCAAAUUAAGCAGUUACGGGAUAAGAGGGAAGUCCUCUCAUGGAUUGGUAACUGGAUAAAAAAUAGAAAACAAAGGGUAGGAAUAAAUGGUCAUUUUUCAGAAUAGAGAGAGGUAAAUAGUACUGGGCCCAGUCCCAUUUAACAUAUUCAUAAACAAUCUGGAAAAAGGGGUAAACAGUGAGGUGGUAAAAUUUGCAAAUGAUACAAAACUACUAAAGAUAGUUAAGUCUCAGGCAGACUGUGAAGAGCUACAAAAGGAUCUCACAAAACUGGGUGACCGGGCAACAUAAUGGCAGAUGAAAUUUAAUGUUGAUAAAUGCACAUUGGAAAACAUAAUUUUAACUGUACAUAUACAAUGAUGGGAUCUAAAUUAACUGUUACCACUCAAGAAAGAGAUCUUGGAGUUAUUAUGGCUAGUUCUUUGAAAUCAUCCACUCCAUGUGCACCAGCAGUCAAAAAAGCGAACAGAAUGUUGGGAAUCAUCAAGAAAGGGAUAGAUAGGAAGACAGAAAAUAUCAUAUUGCCUCUAUAUAAAUCCAUGGUAUGCCCACACCUUGAAUACACGUGCAGAUGUGGUCACCCCAUCUCAAAAAAGAUGUAUUGGAAUUGGAAAAUGGCAACAAAAAUUAUUAGGGGUAUAGAACGGCUUCUGUAUAAGGAGAGAUUAAUAAGACUGGGACUUUUCAGCUUGGAAAAGAAGCGACUAAAGGGGGAUGUGAUAGAGGUCUAUAAAAUCAUGAGUGGUAUAGAAAAAGUAAAUAAGGAAGUGUUAUUUACGCCUCAUAAUACAAGAACAAGUGGCCACCAAAUGAAAUCAAUAGGUAGCAGGUUUAAACCAAACACAAGAAAGUAUUUUUUCAUGCAACGCACUGUCAACCUCUGGAACUCCUUGCCAGAGGGUGUUGAGAAGGCCAAUACUAUAACAGGGUUCAAAAGGGAGCUAGAUAGAUUCAUGGAAGAUAGGUCCAUCAAUGGCUAUUAUCCAGGAUGGGUAGGAAUAGUGUCCCUAGCCUCUGUUUGCUAGAAGCUGGGAUUGGGUGACAGGGCAUGGAUCACUUGAUGAUAACCUGUCUGUUCAUUCCCUUUGGGGCACCUGCCAUUGGCCACUGUCAGAGGACAGGAUACUGGACUUGAUGGACCUUUGGUCUGACCCAAUGUGGCCGUUCUGAUGUUCUCCACCUCUAAGCUUUUCUAAGAAUAUUGAUAUUUGAAUAAUGAAGUGAUGGGCUUAUAACAUUUUGCAGAUACUUGGAAACACUGGCUGAUAUUGAGUAGGUUUUCCCAGCUAACUCAUGCAAAGUAUCUUUAAUUCAUUCCUUUAAACCCUGCUGGCUUAAUUCUAGGCCUUUCCUGAACAAAUCUGACAUUUGUGCUAAAUGUUGUUGGAUAUAAUUAUUACAGGUUGAGAUAGGAAUACCAAAUUAUUAUAUUUUGUGAAAAUAGGUAAUUUGAAACUCAUUUUACAGCCUUAAAUCUUUUGCUUCCUCAUAGAAAAAUCUGGAUUACUACCACCAAAAUAAAAUUUUUCAAAUUCAGGUAGAAAAAUCCAUUCUCUGCCUAACAGGGUUGCUCAAAGGACCAAAAGCUCUUUUUAACUCAUGACUCCUAAGUCCCCAUUUCUUUUGGUUCUUUCCCAUCUUUCUCCCCAAGAUUUGACCCUUAGAGGAAGAGACAAAGGGGAAGAAAUAUUUCUCAAUUGUGGCAUUGCUCAAGUAUUCUUGUUAGGGAAAAUUCCAUUUUUACUCUGACCCACGCAAAGCAGCACUUUGUAUUCUGGUUCUUGUUUUAUAAUGUUUGCCACUGUGGUAUUUGAGCUCAGUAUAGGCAGAGGGAGUAGUUGGGGGAAAAUGUGAUCAGAAUAAAAUCCCAGUUUUUUAAAAAGAAACUGAAAUUAACUCAAAUUAAAUUUUAUUAAAACUUUGACAUACUUGCAAAGUAGCAAUUAUUUAAAAGAUCAAUAGAAAAGCUCAACUAAAAUUUUACAUACCAAGCUUUAUAGAAAAAGGUUAUAAUGCUCCACAAAGAGGACAUGAUGGAGAUAUAUGUAAUAAAAACUAUUAAAAUAUCAAUACAAUCUAAUUUGGGAUUCAACAUGUAAAAUGAAACACACACAAAAGUAAAAUAAAGAAAGAGACCUAUAA